UACGCGUCAGCCUAUCACAGUCCGUGUAUCAGUUUCUCGCGUCAGCGCGAGUCAAAGGCCGAUCGAAACGGUUCGGAAGGAGUCGGACGUAGAGGAUUAACUUGAAGCGGAAUUUUAUUUUUACACAUCAAACCAAGCCGAAACGGCAAAUUUAACGUUACUGGGGCCAGCUGACUUUCUAAGGAACGAGUGGAGAGUUUAUUGCCCUUGCUUUAACUAGUCUAUCGGAUCCCUGAGAGAUUUUAACCAGCGCGUAUUUGGAGGAGGUAUUCAGCGAUUAGCUUAGCACGCUGGCUCGAGGGCAGCGCGAGCGCGAACUGAGAUGAGCGUCGCGCGCCUCGGAUGUUCCUGCAUCGGAGCUUGCUGAAGCAGAAGGCCUCAAAUGGGAAAAACAAGCAUCGGGAGGGAAUACCAAGUAUAAUUUUGUAGAUGUAGUUCACAUUUUAGAAAAGAAUUCCUCGGACUUUACAGCCACAUCUUCAGCAUUUUUAGCUGGAUUUUAAUCUUUCCUAUCUGAAGACGGCCAUGGAAUCGACGGUCGAUGACGAUGCGAUGGAAGCGUGAAUGAGGUUUGGCGUGGCAGUAGCUGAACGAUGCCCAAGGGUGGGGGUUCUAAAACCCCCCAGCUGGAGGACUUCCCACUCAACACCGACAUGGUGGAGAAACAGGGUGGGAAGAAGGAUAAAGACAAAGGCUCGUCAAACAAGACUCCUAAAUUGGACCGCAGUGAUGGUGUCAAAGAGAUGAAAGAGAAAGCUCCUAAGAGGAAGCUGCCCUUCACCGUUGGAGCCAAUGGAGAUCAGAAAGAUUCUGACUCGGAGAAACCAUGUCCUGAGCGGAAGCGCAUUAAAAAGGAGCCCACUAACACCAGGAAGUCAGGCCUGCCGUUCGGGAUGGGCAUGCCAGGGAUCCGGGCCGGGUACCCCCUCUCAGAGCGGCAGCAGGUGGCUCUUCUCAUGCAGAUGACGGCGGAGGAGUCCGUACACAGUCCAGACACAACACCAAAGCACCAGUCACAGUCAAGUCUGGGUCAGAAAGGAACACCAAACUCUGCCUCAAAAACCAAAGACAAAGUGAACAAGAGGAACGAAAGGGGCGAGACGCGGCUGCACCGGGCGGCCAUACGCGGGGAGGCACGCCGCGUUAAAGAGCUCAUCAUUGAGGGGGCUGACGUGAAUGUAAAAGACUUUGCAGGCUGGACCGCACUGCAUGAGGCUUGCAACAGAGGGUAUUACGAUGUGGCCAAGCAGCUGCUGGCAGCCGGGGCUGAGGUUAACACCAAAGGCCUGGACGAUGAUACGCCUCUACAUGAUGCGUCUAACAAUGGCCACCUCAAAGUUGUGAAGCUGCUGUUACGAUAUGGAGGAGAUCCUCGUCAAAGCAACAGAAGAGGAGAGACGCCAUUAAAAGUGGCAAAUUCCCAAACGAUGCUUAAUCUGUUGCUGGGAAAAGGCACUUACACCUCUAGUGAUGAGAGUUCCUCAGAAUCUUCAGAAGAGGAAGAUGCGCCAUCGUUUGCCCCAUCCAGCUCUGUUGAUGGCAAUAAUACAGACUCAGAGUUUGAGAAGGGCUUGAAACUAAAAGGGAAGGUCAUGGACCCACCCAAAUCCACCACCACUCCAGUCAAGGACGAGUACGAGUUCGACGAGGAUGACGAGGAGGAGCGCGUCCCACCUGUGGACGACAAGCAUCUGCUCAAGAAGGAGUUCCGUAAGGAACCCGUCAGCAAGCCCAACAGCUUAAUCUCCAUACCCAAGAUGGAGGUUAAAACCUAUUCCAAAAGCAACUCGCUAACACCAAAGAAGGCUGUGCGUCGGAUCGUGUCGGACAGCAACAGCUCGGACGAGGACGACAGAACGUUGUGUUUCACGCCCACGACCACACCAAGGCAACCUGCACCUCAGACCAACGCCAAGAGUCGGGACUCUACGUCAACGAGCUCUAAACAGCAAAAAGAGAAAAGUAAAGUGAAGAAGAAGAGGAAGAAGGAGACAACAAAAAAUAACGUCAGUAAGGAGGUGCGCUUUGGUAAAGUGAACGACAAGUUCUGCACCUCAGACUCGGAAGUCGGGGACCUUGAGAGCGAGGAUGAUAAAGGCUCCAUGCAGAGCUCGAACUGUGUAAAGGACUCUUCUACUUUGAGCCUGAAAGAUCCCUCUGUCUAUAGCUCUCUGUCUACUUCCUCAACGUCAUCCUCACAUGGAAGUCUAAGCUCACAGAAGCACACACAGUCUCUGGCGGAGCAGCACCCAAAGCAGUGGAGAACAGAUGGGUGGAAGACAGUGUCCUCCCCGAACUGGUCUGAUGUCAGCUCCCUCUCUGACUCUAGACUAUCCAGCGAGUCGGACUACUCUUCUGCUGACUCAAGCGUCGAGUCCAUGAAACAAGUGAAAAAGAAGGUGCCAGACAACCGAAAGAAAAACAACUCGCAUGCCAAUGCGUUAGACAAAAAGAACUCCGAGUUUUACAAGAACUCCAGCACAGACGGAGCCAUUUCCAAAACAGACAAAGAUGGAAAGGUGUUGAAAAAACACAAGGUGAAACACAAACACAAAAGUAAAGAAAAAGACAAGGCUCCAAGUGUAGUUUUGAGUCAAGACAUGAAUGAAAAAUUUGUCAAGAGCUUUUCUUUCGACUUUGACGAUUCGCGGCAGAAGUCGCUCAUCGUGGAGACAGAGUCACCUUCUGAAAACAGAGUCAAACUUUCCAAACAUGAUAAAGAGCAUUUUAAGAAGGAAGACAAGCUGUCAAAAAGUAAAUCUGAGGACAAGGACUGGCCGGUUAAAGAAUCUCAAAAGGCGACAAAGGAAGAGAGGUCAAAGAAAAUAAAAGAGUCAAACAAGGACAAGGUGAGCAAAGAGGAGAGAGACAAACCCUUAAAAACUGAAAAAGAGAGAAGCAUAAAAGACAAAGUAAAGGAGGAGAAACCGAAAGCUCAUAAAGAUGAGAAAAAGAAAAAGUCCAAGGACAGAUCUCUCAAAACAGACAAAAAGAACGAGCAAAAAGAGGACAAACAUUUUAAAUCAGAGAAAAGUACAAAAGAAGAAAAGUCUAAACGGGAUAAGACCAUUAAGGAGGAGCCGGAUUAUGAGGACUAUGACAUCAAGAAUCACUUAUUGGAGGACACCAAGAUGAGCGCUUCAGAUGACCCCCAUGAUCGGUGGCAGUCAGAUGUUUCUUCUGACAGUUCGCUUUAUGGCGAUGAUAGCUGGGACGCACCAGUAAAAGAAUACAAAGCAAAUAAUGCGGUCAAGUUAAUUGUGGAAACUGUAAAGGAAGAAAGCAGGGAGCGGAAAAAGGAAAAUAAGGUUAAAGAUAAAAAGCCAGAUCAUGGGGAAAAGCGUCCUGAAAAAGAAACCGCAUCAAAGAAGAAAGACAAAGAAACAUCUGAAAAGAACACUGACAAGAAAAAGGACUGGACUGACAAGCAAAAGUUUAAUUCUGGUCAGUCUGUGGAAAAGGAGAAGAAACGGAAAGAGUCAGCAGAGGGUGUCAAAGAGAAGAAAGAGAAGGAUGCUGUGGAUGGCAGCAGAGACCGAAAGGAUUCUUAUGAGUUUUCCAAAGAGAGGAAAGACUCUAAAACAAAGCAGGAAUCCUUACGAGAUGACUACGGGAGUGAAGGCUUUUUUAAAGACAAAGCAGAAAAUGAAACCAUCUGUAAAUCUGAUUCAAGGGAGAGGAACCACUCUGGGAAAGAAAGGGAGAAAAAGACUGAUGGUGUGGAAAAGAAAGAAAAGUCCAAAGGAGACAAACACAAGGACAAACCUAAAGACAGAAGUUUGGACCAGGAAAAAGAGAAACCAGAGAAGAACUCAGUUGAGCGGUCGAUGAAAGACAAAGACCUGGAAAGAACCUCCAAAGACAAGCGGGAUGUGGCUAAAGAAAAGCAUAAAGAUUCUCAUAGCAAGGACAAAGACAGGAAGACUACAUCUGAGCAGAAUAAAGAGAAGAAAGACAAGACAUCCCAGGACAAACAUGCUGAAAAAGAUUUCAUCGAAUUUAAGAAAGAGGAGAAAAAGCCUGAAAAGGUGAGAGAGAAGACGUGGUAUAAGAUCGCUGAUAUCUUCACAGAUGAGAGUGAAGACGAAGAUGACAAUUAUAAUGGAGGUGUUGCAAAAUUAAGCGAUUCUCUCGGCCUGUCAGACUCCCACAAGAAAGACUCGACACCUGACAGAGAUGAAAUGGAUCAUUUCCAGACAGAUAAACACAAGAAAUAUUCUGCAGAUGGGAAAACACAUUUUACAGAAAAACCAAAAGAAAAGGAACACAAAGACAAGAAAAAAGAAAAGUCAACAUUUGAUGCUGGGAAGGAAAGAAAAGGCUCCAUGGAAAAACACAAAGAUAAAAAGGACAAAGAUUCAACUGACAUAAAGCAUAAGGAGCGUAAAGAUAGAGCGUCUGUGGAUUCCAAUCAGGACAAGAAAAUAAAGCAGAAACUUCUUGACAAGAGAGAUGCUAGUGAAGAAAAGAGCAAAAGCAAAUACAAAGACAAGCCAGAGCACUUAAAAGACAAGAAACCCUCAAAGGGCAGUGGUGAAAAUGAGAAAUCCUUGUUGGAGAAACUUGAGGAGGAGGCCAUGAAUGAUUAUAAAGAUGAUUCCAAUGACAGAAACAGUGAAAUUUCAUCAGACAGUUUCACAGACAGAGGUCACGAGCCUGUCAUUAGCAACUUCUACGAUUCCUCUAACAUCAGUAUACCUGACGUGUCCGAGGAGAGAAGAGAGUCGCUUACCAUCUCUACCCCACAGGACAAGUUCAGAGAGAAAGAGAGGCAUAGACAUUCUUCCUCUUCAUCAUCCAAAAAGAGCCAUGACAAGGAUAAAGAGAAAGUUAAGAAAGAAAAGGUGGAGAAAAAGGACAAGUCAGAGGAGAUCAGAGAGUCCUACGGCCGCAGAGAAAGCUUGCCAUUUGACAAAGAGCCCAUGCCACUGGAGGCGGACCCUUACACUUUUCCUUAUGGUUCCAAAGGUGAUGGAGAAGAUGACUUGGAUAAAACUCUUGAGUUUGAGAAGGAGAUGUCCAAAAAGGACAAGACAAACAGUAUCAUGAACAGUGAGAAAAUAAAAGAUAAAAAGAAAAAAGAGAAACACAAGGAAAAGGUGAAGGAGGAAAAGCAUAAAUAUUCAGAAGGGUUUGGGUCGUUCAGACACUCCAAAGAAGAACAAAAGUCUGGAUUAAAAGAAAACACUCAAGUCGUAACUCUCAAAGAGAAGUCUAAAGAUGACUGUUCUAAAUUUGAUGGGAAAAAUAAGGACAGAAACAAGGAUAUCACUGACAAGGACAUUACCAAAACAAAGGUCAAAGAUGAAAAUGACAAAUUUAGCCAGUCAAAAGACACAGCUCGAAAGGACAACCGCCCUCGUGAAAAGCUUUUGGUUGAUGGUGAUUUGAGACUAACAAGUUUUGGCCAGAUGCUUAGUUUAAAGGAUCAGGAAACUAAAGAGCACCAUAAGAGACACAAAGAGAGAAUGAAACAGAUGGAAAAACUACGACAUCGAUCGGCCGACCCAAAACUCAAAGAUAAAACCAAGUCAAAUGAGGAAGUUAAGAAGAACUCUCACAGCGAACUCUCUUCCAAAAAAUCUGCUCCCGUUGAAACUGCUUUGAAGGAGAAAAAGAUCAAAGAAAUUGGCCUUCCAGCUCAGUUGAUGUCUCCUGAUAGAAAGUCACAACCCAUUGACAGUCAGAACUCAAAAGACUGGCUUGCUGGACACCAAAUGAAAGAAAGUCUUCCUGCAUCUCCAAGACCUGAUCAGAACAGACCAACAGGUGUCCCUACCCCAACUUCUGUGAUCUCAUGUCCAAGCUACGAGGAAGUCAUGCAAACACCACGAACCCCAACCUGCAGUACAGAUGAUUAUUCUGAUAUCAUAUUUGAUGGUCUCGAGUGUCAAAAUUCUUCAGCUACCAUGUCCAUGAAUUCCUGCUUCCCUUCCUUCUACGAUGGAUAUUCCAACACAUCACAUAACUUCCAGGAUGGAACGUGCAUAACACCUGCAAAGAACAUGCAGUUACCGCUCGUGAGUCGGUCGGCCACUUCGGAUGUCAGAAGACCACUUGAGGGUGAAUUCAAAGCAGAGGCGGAAAAGUUUUUACGACAACAACAAGUACCAGAAGUCACUGAAUUUGAGUCGUCAGCCUCUCAAAUUACUGAGGACAAGUUGGCAGCAGACAGUCUUAAUUGUCUUUCUCCAGCAUACUUUUCGCCCCCUAUGGACAUGUCUCCCAGGCCAGACCUGACAGAACAUGAUAGGAUACCAGAGGAAGCUUCAGCUGUAAAUUCCAUCAAAGAUGACAUUGAACACCCAUCGGAGAGUAUUUACAAUACAUAUCUCAUGAAGCCCUCAACUCCAGUUCAUAGACCUGACCCUCAGGAGCCUUGUCUGGAUAUAGCUGCUCCACCAACUCCAGCACCUGCUGCCCUGCCACCCAUGGAUAUUGAUGAUCUCUCAGAGCCACACCAGAGCGGGCCUGGUUUGAUGCCAGCUCACCCUGUGAGUGUGAGUGACUACUUGCCUCCUGUUGCUGAAGAACAAGAGGAAGAGGAGGAGGAGGAAGAUGAUGAUGAUGAUGAUGAUUUUGCUGAGGAUGCCCCAGAAUGUCACCAUGUUGCAGAUGAGCCCAUCCAGUCUAGAGAUGAUGCCUCGUAUUCUCUUGAAAUUGACGAGUCUGACAAAAAGGCGUGGCUUGAAUGUUCGGAUAGAAGAGAUCCGGAUAUCAUUCCCGUAACACCCACCCGUCCACAGGACAACUUCAUUGAAAACCCAUGUGAUCAGUCCUUAGAAUGGAAUUCAGAAGAGCCAUCUCAUGACAGUUAUAGGGAGGUUGAGGCGGCUGUCUCCAAGAUAAGCAGCCCGUAUUCACACUCCGAUUGUGAUCUGUCACAUAUUUCAAAUGUUAUUCCUGUGACACCUCCUCACUCUGCUUACUCCAGAGCAUACUGUUCAUCACAAAUCUCUGAUUCUCAUUACGAUGUCUUCAAAGAUGCAGUGGAAGACAUUUCAUCACCAGAAAGACCUCUGUCAGAGCCACUGGAGUCAGAAUCGCCUCAACUCGACACUUUCUUCACCGAUUGCAAACCCAAUCCGGAGGAGACGCACAUGGACCUAGAUGCUCCGUGUAUGAUCCAAGAUGAUAGACACGAGUCUCCCAGCUACAUGCCUGAGACCACCAUGUCUGUAGCCCCACCAAUCAGCCAGGAUCCUGUGGUUUCAUGGGAAGAUCCAUUUUCUAGUACAGCUGAUGAAAUGGAUGACAUGGGUCCCUUCUCUAUACCAGACCUUCCUUUUCAAGAGAAGGAGAUGCAAGAGCCCGAUAUAGCAGUCCCGGAGAUUGAUGAGAGCAAGCAUUCACCUCCUCAGAUAAGACCUCCCAUCAAUGAGCCGAGUGAAGAUGUUGAAAUGAUAGAUGUCGACUUGCCGAGUUUGUCCAAAGCUCACUGUUCUCCUGCAAUUGUGCCUCCUCAUGAACCUGCUCAGGAUUUGGUUACUCCCACAUGUGAGGAGGACUACAGACCACCAUGUGAAUUGCAGCCUGAACCACAGUGCAUCCCAGAUGUUCCUCCAAUUAAAGAAACUAUUCCAGAGGUGAAGGGGACAUUUGAAGAAGUGGACGAGAAUAGCAGCAAUUUGUUUUCUACUGACAGUGAAAAAGACUUUGAAUACAGGCAAAAAGAAACAACUCCAGAUGCUGUGAUGCCGUCUGUUAUGGCUCAGUCUCUGGAAACAUCAGCUGCCACAAAACCACAUCUAUUAGGACCGAAUCCAGUGGUUGCUUUGGGUCCCUUAUUUAGUCCUCAUCCUUCUGUUCCUCUCCCAGCUGUCUCGUUGAGUAACACUACCCAAGUGUCAGAGGCUCUUGAAACAACCGCUAGGUUGUCAGUGACUGUCCCAGUGACAAUCCCAUUUACGCUCCCAGUGACGGUCCCAGUGACAGUUCCUGUCCCGGUUCCUGUCCCAGUGCCUGAGCCACCCAAGAAAGUAGAGGAGAUAACUCCGAGGAUGACUCGGAAAAUGGCUCAGAUGCUAGCCAAUCAAAACAAGCUGAGUGCUGCAUCAACCUCAUCAAGCAACACCAGCUCAGUAUCCUCCGCACCCAUCACCACAAGUCACACCACAUCUAAUAUCACUGUUGAAAAGAAAAAGGAGUCCAUCAGCUCGACGACAUCUCAUGCCUCCACUCCUGCGCCAGCACUGUUCACCAAAACGAAAGGCAGGCCUGUUGAGGACGAUGACGGCCAGUCUCAGCAUCCACGUAAAAGGAAGUUUACGAAAUCGGGCCCGCAACAUGUGCAGGUUCAGCUCGUUAACACAGCCAUGAAGCAGACCCGGGAGAUGAUCCAGCAGACUCUGGCGGUCAUUGUGAAUGCCAUCAAAUUGGAUGACAUUGAACCUUACCACAGCGACCGUUCCAACCCCUAUUUCGAGUACCUACAGAUCCGGAAGAAAAUUGAGGAAAAACGAAAAAUCUUGUGUUACAUCACACCUCAAGCUCCCCAGUGUUAUGCAGAAUAUGUGACAUACACGGGCUCCUACCUUCUUGAUGGCAAGCCUCUGAGCAAGCUUCAUAUCCCUGUGAUUGCUCCACCUCCAUCUUUAUCUGAGCCCUUAAAGGAGCUUUUCAGACAGCAAGAGGCGGUUCGAGGAAAACUAAGACUGCAGCACAGCAUUGAGAGGGAAAAGUUAAUAGUAUCUUGCGAGCAGGAAGUGCUGCGUGUUCAUUGCAGAGCAGCAAGAACCAUUGCGAAUCAGGCUGUUCCUUUUAGCGCUUGCACGAUGCUGCUGGAUUCAGAAGUCUACAACAUGCCAUCCGAGAGCCAGGGGGAUGAGAACAAGUCUGUAAGGGAUCGCUUCAAUGCUCGGCAGUUUAUCUCCUGGAUUCAAGAUGUGGACGAUAAGUACGACCGCAUGAAGACGUGUUUGCUAAUGCGGCAGCAGCAUGAGGCCGCCGCUCUGAACGCAGUGCAGAGGAUGGAGUGGCAACUCAAGGUACAGGAGCUGGACCCUGCUGGACACAAGUCUCUGUGCGUGAACGAGGUCCCCUCUUUCUACGUGCCAAUGGUUGACGUCAACGACGACUUUGUACUGUUGCCUGCGUGACACAGACACACAUUCAGACUCUGAGAGUUUGGUCUAAUAUUAAUCAUCUAUCAAAGAGACAUCAAACAGAAAGUUCGGUAAGGGCUAGCCGGUUUGAGGAGAUUUCUUUGAGGAGAGAGAAUAUAUAUAUUAUAUAGAAAAAAACUUGUCCUUUUUUGCCUGAGGAGGGACCGUCUUUUUACGGGAGAAGAACACAACUUGCACUUUCAUCCUUCAAGUUUUUAUGGUUUUGUUUGGGAUUUAAAAAGCGACAGUGCUUGAACCUUAUCCCCUUAUCUGUCUUGGGUGUGAUUUGGGGACAGAAUUCGUCUCUGAUUCUCCCCUAAACUAAAUAACAAACAAGGAGCUUCCACCCACGUGCUCCAGAACCCGGGGACAGUCGGCACAGUGGUGGACACAAAACUCCAACCAACACCUCGACGUGCAGGCACAAAAAAACCCAACAGGGGGUGAAAAGGAGUGCUCGCGCACACCCUCUUGUUAAACGGACCCGAGUGUGUCGCGACUACAGCGGAAAGCGCUUUUCUCGCUGUACAGCACCCAGAUCGAGGGCGGCGGGGAGCUGUGUACACGGGGCAGGGCUCAGUGCCACAGCGGAGAGGAGAGACUGCGUCCAGUUACAGGGCACGAGAUCUGGCGGUCCCACGUGCCGAAUCGGUCAGUCUCGGAUGGUCCCUUAAGCCAGGCCCGACACGCCUGCCUUCAAAGGAUUACGUAAGGAAAAGGACACAUGUUAAAAGCAAACGUUGCCAUCUUAAAUCACGAGGCAAGGACUUACAAGAUGGUCUCUUGAAAAGUUUUUCUUUUUUAAUGUUUGUUUUUGGUUUAUGUCUUUCUUUACUCGGGCAUUUCAUUGUUCCCUUUCUGAGGAAGUGACUUGAAACACUACAGAGCCAACAUUAGUUUAAUGGAAAAAAAAUACAAAAGCGCAAAAAAAAUGUAUUCCGUAAAUGAUGUACAGUUUUUAUAAUCAUUAACCAAUGUAUUCUCGCUGCCUUCUAGAUAAUUUAUUUUGCCACACAUUACUGCACAGUUGUAAAUAACUUAUGUACUGUAACAUCACUCAGUUAAGUGUAAAAAAUAAAUGAAUAAAAGUUAUCAUUGUAUGUACAGUUCACUUUCGGGCAGCACUUUCCCCCCUCAUACCCAUGGGCCAAAUAGGUGUACACAUCGUCAGUAUUUUCCACGCGAAGCUCCUCGAGGUUCUUGUCCGAGAUCUAGAUUGUCAUUGUUAGUAAACGUCAUCAUUUCCCUCCGUCAGGGCCACUACUAUAGUUUUCAGAUGUAGCAGAGCAACUAUGGAUUUAUUUAAAGAAUAGUAGAGGUAUAUUAUUCAUCAUUUUAUUACACGAGUAUAUAUCUUUAAAAGUAUAAACCAAGAAAAUGCCUUUAUACAUUUAACGUCUCUGAUUUCUUCUAAAGCUGCACAAGUCAUAGGAUUGAAGAUCUUACUUCAUUUCGAGUCUGUCCAAAUAUAAAACCAUUACACCAUCCUACAUUCAUUAUAAACUUUUUUUUCUGCACUAUACAAAAAGAUUCAUUUAAUAAGUUGGGUUAAUAAAAGUACGACUUCUCAUUAUCUGUAUACGUGCUAUAGGCUUCAUUCCUAUCUUUUCAAUAUUUUGUUUGUUUGGUUUUUUUAAGAGUAAGAUUGUGAACUAGCGUGAUAAAUCUUACGCAAACUAUUCGACAGACGUUUUGCAUUUUUCUCCCAAUCCCAAAGGUUUUUAAUUUGUCUUCUAACAUGACUUUUAUUGCAUGACACUUUGAAGUGAUCGUCUCGCCACCCUCCUUUAAAACACUAUGUCAGAACAGAACGCAGACACCUCUGGUUUUACCCUCACUAUUUGUAUACAUGGGCUCUGUGACUGUUUUUCCAUAGUUAACAUCCUUGUCAAUCUCCUCUCACAGUUGUUGUUUUUUGUUUUUGUUGGUUUUUUAGUAAAUUGCACCAAUGUCAUUUUUUUUUUUUUUUAGAUUUUGCUUUACCAUCCGAGUAAACAUUUACAUGUGUAUGUUUAAAUUUAUCCAUCACCACCGCAGAGGGGAGUUGCUUUACAAAUUGUUUUUUAAGCUUUUAUUUCUAAUUAUUAGAUAUUGCUUUUUCAGGUAGGGGGCUUGAAAAUUUUGGAUAUUUUACCGUUCUUCAUUACCUGCCUGUACUUCAGUGUGGUUGUGUGAUGUUUGCUCAAUCAUCCAGGCUAGAGUUUUGUUUCGUUCUUGUUUCUUUAUCCGUUUCAUGUGAGUCUGAAAAUCCCACAUGACGCAGUUCUGUAUGUGUGCAUUGAGUCUGGGUGCAACAGGUGUCGGUAGUUUCGCAGCUAGUUGUUUUGGAUAACUAAUGUCCUGGUAUUUUGAGUACCGUACAGUGCAAAAAAACGUCAAAUGCGAAUAUCCGUUCAGAUCAUGUUUGCUUUGAGUGCUUUUGUUUUCUUUUGUGUCGUGUAGUUUCUACUUUGUUUUAUUUCACAAGUACUUUUGAUGUAACUCGGUGCAUUUUAUUUUACCAUGACAAAGUGACUUGUUAAUUCAAUGGUGUAUGUAUCAUCGCUAAGCCCCCCUGUGUGCGGAUUGUUUACAAGCUAUAAUGUUCCGUUGUCUUCUUAUUUGGUCAUUCCCACAUUGGAAAAGGCUUGGAAUUGUGAUGGUAUAUCCUCGUAGGUUUUAUUCUGGGGUUAAACAUACUGUAUUUGAUUUAAUCUUACACAUAAGCUUGUUGUCUGCGAUUCACUGAUCUCUGUCUGCAACACGUUACCUCUUAGUAUAAAUGAAUCAGUUCACGUUCGAGUCUUUAGGAUCAAGCCACAAUUUCAAGCCUUUUCUGUCCACGAACACGACAGAUAUUUCUUGCAAUGGAACUGAACUCAUGUAGUAUACUUCAUAAAUAGUGAGAAACGGCCUAUUUAUUAUCUUUCUGACACCUGUGGUAUGUUUGAUUCGAAGGUCUCCGCUGUGUAAAUUUUCCUAUUGUAAUGCGUAAACGAGACGUUGUAUAUAAUUGUAAAUAAUAUUCCAGGACGUUUUGCACCCUCCUCUUUGUACUAGUCGAAACUUGCGUAGAAUGUGAGGUUCUAACAGCAACGAGACGUAUCGCGCUCGCUGCCGGUGAUGUAACAAUGUAUCUUUUUUAUUUGUACAAUGUAGUUCAAUUGUGUACAUAUUGUUGGAGCAGCUAUGGGAGGGAGGGGUUUGUUGAUGCUAUCGUCAGUGCUGUCAAAGAUUCAGUACUUUCACCUUUAGCUGUGUUGAUAUCCUGCGAUUUAAAAGCGAGAAACUAAAAAAAGACAAAAAAAACUUAACGGAGAGGAAAAAUUCAAAAUUGUUAUUUUCUACACUUGCAUGUACAGAGAGCGCGAGAACUGCUGUUGUUCCUCAGAGAUUAUGUUCGUAAAUAAAUUUUUGAAAUGA